AUGGGGUCGACACAAUUCGGUAAUUUUAAUGACUUCUGUCGGGAUUCGACACUACCCGUCUGCAAUCUUUUCACGCACAAUACCAGUCAACCCAUAAACGAUGCUUUUGGUGGAUGUCCCCUCAUGGGUAUUCCCCUGAGCGGUGGCCAACACCUCGCCAACCUCGGAUCGAUCCUUCUCGCCUUCAUCUCUAUUCUUGUCUCGCUUUUCUUGAUAUGGCGGUCGGAGCGCAAAAAGGCGGCUGUGGGGAGGAGGGAGAUGCAAUUGUUCCUGGUUGCGUUUAUUGUUGUUGAGAUUUGUGAGAUCUUUACCGUUGGUGGCUUCCCGCUUGAUGAUGCCGUUCGCAAGGGAUUCACCGCUGUACACAUCGCUUCCAUUACUACCACUUGCUGGAUCCUUAUGUUGAACGCCGCAGUUGGGUAUCAGGUUCUUGAUGAUGGCACGGCUGUUUCCAUCUUCCUGAUGAUUGCAUCUUCCCUGAUCUUCUUUAUCGGAACCGGAUACAUUGCCUUGGACACGGGAUUCAAGUGGACCGGCCAGUGGGACCAUAGUUGGGAAGCUCCCAAUCGGAAUAUCGCCCUUUACGUCUUGUACCAGCUCUGGCCGCUCAUAUGUGUCGUUGUUUUCUAUUUAUUGGAGUCGAUUCUGGUCAUUCGGGUUUUAGGCGAGAUCCGACCAAUGGUCUACCUGACCUCCGCUGGUCUGCUGUUUGCAAUCGGCCAGAUCUUCAACUAUGUGAUCAGCGUGCAUCUCUGCAGUGCAACAGACGGAAAGAUCAAUGGCGCCCUAUUCGAAACCUUUUUCACCCUCUUGUCGGUAGUCAUGAUUUGGACCUUUUGGAGCAGCAUUACCGAGGAUGACUGGCCAUUGCCUGUAACUCCGGGCACCGGCUACAACUGA